AUGGCAGGAAGCGGGCCAGAAAUUUCACAUAACCUCGACCCGGAAGAUGAAAAUGUAUGUGUAGGGGAUUUUAACUGCCAAUCAGAAGCUUCUUCCACUUUCAUUGUUAACAACAAUGAAAUGGAAUUGGUUAUGGAUGGAUUGAAAGAUACUUUACGGUAUAUGAAGUACCGCGAGGCGCUUAGGCUUUAUUACGGGGCAUUUUCAAACUAUUCAUUUGUAUACAGUAUAUCACUAGUGACAUUCUUCCUACUCUUUGUAAUAUCAUCUACGCAAAUUUCGGGACAAUUUGGGCCUGUUAAACAGCAGGCCCCCAAUCACAACUUCCUUUCAGACCCUAAUAACGUCGUACAUAUUUGUGUAUAUGGAUGUUAUGCAUUUUCAGUUGUUAGCUUGUGGAUUUCUCACCACCCAUUAACUUUUGUACGUACUACACGACUCAGCAAAAUUUUCAUAGCCAUCUACUUAAUUGGUAUACCUAUUGUCAUGCUAUAUAAUUUAAAUGAAAAUAUCAAAUCUCACAUCUACAAUGAACCUAUAUACAACCUACGUUCCUAUACCAUAUACAGUGAAUGCUACUUUGACACUGCCAUCCUCUUUUUUUACUCCAUCUUCCUAUUUAUAACAAAUGUAAUUGCACUGUUUUACCGCUUCAUCUAUCGCUAUCUGAUUUUAUACUGGAUAAAUCAGGAUAUUGAAUGUUAUCGCAUCACAUAUAAGCAAAAAAUAUCGGUCACUGUGCCUAAAGUGAUGGCGUUUAGGCACUUGAUUACCAGAGGCAUGCCCAAAUCAAGCGGAAAUAAGUCUACUGGGCUGUCACUUAUUUUACAACACAUCGAUAAUUUGCCUUGGUACAAGGAGAUCCUGCCAGCGCUCCUAUUUAACGUUGGACGAGUGGCCAAGACGAACCACCCAUGUCGUUAUGUAGGCCAGGUUGACGCUUUUAAUCGUCCCCAUGGGUUUGGCUUUUGGAAAUCCACCUCCUUCUAUGGUGAAGUUCUUGUUGGGUUUUGGGAAAAUGGCAAGCCCAUUGGUACAUUUAAGGCUAGGGAAAUGGGCACAGGAUCAGGAUUUUCUAAUAUUCUUAUAGGCUGGGCAAAAUGCGAUUUUGAUCCAAAAUACAUGAAAAUAGGCGUAGCAAGUGCUGAAUGUUGUGUUUCAGGCGCCUUUUUUAGGACUUUUCCACGUGUGCUAACUUACGAAGCGGAGAGUUUGCCUAUUGGAAACAUCAAUUAUGAUGUGAUACAUAAGACAUUGGAAAUUCCAGAAAGUUACCAACUUGACGAAAAUAAUCAGCUGAUAUUCGGCAAAAAGCCAAAAUUCCAAACUUUAAAUGGGGUGGCACUGGCAUUGUCCCACGUAUCAAAUGAUCUUAACAAGAUAAAUUAUUCCAUGAAAUGUGCUGCCAAUGAUAGUGAAAAUUUCCCAAAUAUUAUUAUUGAUAAUUCCGAGCCCAUAAAGUCAUACAUUAACAAUGACAAUGUAAAUUACAUUAAUGAAUCAUCUCAACCUAAACUUAACAAUUUAGUCACGUCCAAGAAAAGCAUCAAUCCUAUCCACUAUUUACGUUAUUAUAAGCACGCAUCAAAAAACAAUUUUGAAUAUAAAUUCUCCUGCGCCACAAGCUUAGAUGCUGUAUUGUCUUCAAUGUGUCCACAUUCUCCUAUUUUUGUGACGAAUACAUUCAAUUCCAUUACGGUAUCAACCAACGCCUAUGGGAUUGAUAUUCAUGGUCACACGUCUAAUUGCACUAAUUUCAAGGAUUCUGUGACGAUCAGAAUCGACUGCGAAGAGACAUUAAGCGCUGAAGGAUGGAUUCCCAGCGAAAUGAUCGGCAUUGUUGAGGUUUGGAUAUUUAUCCAUGGUUUCAAUACAUCGUGUACAGAUUCUGUGGUGCUUAUGGGCCAAAUGUCAGCCUUUGGGAACUUUCCCCCAUACAUAAAACCUUUGAUAUUUUCCUGGCCUUCAGAAAAUUCACUGUUCAAAUUCUUUAAAGCUCGGGAUAAUGCUUCCAACGAAGUUGUCCAUUGUCAUUUUAAAUCAUUUAUUGAGGCACUUUUUGAAAAUGGCAUUAGGAAUCUGCACAUAAUGACGCACAGUAUGGGUGCUCGCAUGUUUAUUACCAGUUUCUCCAAGAUCAAACAUAUGUUCAAUAAGCAUGAUUCGUCCAAUGCUUCUAAGAUAAAUUUGUUGACCAUAACACUAAUAUCACCAGAGUAUGACCUGGAGACAUUUAUAUUAAAGGAUUUUGCAGUGCUAAGGAAAUACUGUUCGAUAAUAUCUAUAUUCUCAGAUCUUCGGGAUAAGGCGCUUAUUAGUUGUGAAAAACUCACUAAGGGAAAAGCAUUGGGAAGACGGGUUUUUGAUGUUUACUCCACUAAAGAUAUAGAAAGUAUCUCCUCUGACUCUUCAGACAGUGAUUCUUUAAAGUGUUCAGAAAGCACAGACGCUCGCUAUUAUAUCCCUAACGAUACUGAAAUCAAACCGUUGCAGAGUAAAAAAAUGGGCUUCUUGGAGAAGCACUCUGCGACUAUUGCUGACAUGAAAUUACCCAAACAUCUGAACAAAAAAAUGAGCGUCAACAUCGACGUCAAUGCUGAUGGUCGUGGAAAGAGGAGGAAGAAAGGCAACUUUAAACAUUCUAACACACUGUCCAACUUUGAAAUAGACUGCCAGGACGCAGAUAAAAAAAAUUGGCUGGAUGUGGAUGUCAUUGAUACUACUUGGCUAGGGUCAAAUAUUAACAACAUUAGGCAUACAUUUUGGUUUUUGAAUAGGGAGAUCAUUGAGGAUAUUAGGGAGUUGAUUGUUUACAGGAAAAGGGCUUGCCAAAGGACAGGCAGGUUGGAUAGGCGAGAGGGAAAUGUAUGGGUUUACCGCGUGGCACCGCAAGAUGUUAAGUCUGUAUUCACAUAA